AUGGUACCCAAUCCAUCAACCCUCCUCUGGGGUGGUCGCUUUACAGAGAACAUGAACGACCUCAUGGUUACGUUCAACGAGUCGCUCCCCUUCGACAAGGCGUUGCACGAGGCCGAUGUCAGGGGCUCCAUCACCUUUGCAAAGGCACUGCGACAGCUCGACCUGCUCACUGACAAGGAACUGAGCGAGAUCACCAGGGGCCUCGAGGCUGUCGAGAAGGAGUGGGCUGACGGAAAAUUUGUCAUCCAUCCUGCUGUUGACGAGGACAUCCACACGGCCAACGAGCGUCGCUUAGCUGAGCUCAUUGGCCCAGCCAUCGCUGGCAAGCUUCAUACAGGCCGCUCCCGCAACGAGCAGAUUGCUACCGACCUGCGAAUUUGGGUGCGAACGGAGCUUGAUGACCUGUCCGAACAACUGCGCACCACCUUGGCUGUUUGCGCUGCCCGCGCCAAGACAGAGAUCGAUGUACUGAUGCCCGGCUACACACACUUCCAACGUGCCCAGCCCGUUCGCUUUUCCCACUGGUUACUCUCACACGCCACCUACCUUAUGGGUGACCUACAACGACUUGACGGCGUCCGUGAGCGUACCAACUGUUGUCCCCUCGGCGUUGGCGCCCUGUCGGGAAACCCCUUUGGCAUCGACCGUACUUUUCUCAAAGAGGAUCUAGGCUUCUCCUCUGUCCACCCUAAUAGCCUGGCGGCGGUUGGGGAUCGUGACUUCGUCGCUGAGAUUCUGCAGUGGUCGAGUCUGCUGAUGGUGCACCUUAGCCGCCUGAGCGAAGACUUGAUUAUCUAUUCAACAGCCGAGUUUAAUUUCGUUCGGGUUGCCGAUGCUUAUAGCACCGGCAGUAGUUUGAUGCCCCAGAAAAAGAAUCCCGAUAGCCUCGAGACGAUUCGAGGAAAGGCUGGCAGGGUUAUGGGCCAGGCGUCAGGUUUUCUUUCCACCCUCAAGAGCCUGCCGACAGCGUAUAACAAGGACAUCCAGGAGUCAGUGGAGCCCCUCUUUGACUGCGUCAAGACGGUUUCUCAAUGCCUGCGAAUCGCUGCUGGCGUCUUGAGCACGCUGCAGAUCAACUCGGAGAAGAUGAAGGCAGCCCCAACAGCCGACAUGCUCGCCACUGAUGUCGCCGACUAUCUAGUUGUGAAAGGCGUGCCCUUUCGGCAGACGCACCACAUCGCCGGCGCCGUUGUGCGCAAAGCAGAGGAGAAAGGUGUUUCCAUCGCCGAACUAGAGCUUCCCGACCUUGGGAAGAUCUCGCCUCAGUUCGAGGCUGAUAUUGUUGACGUCUUCGACUUCGAGAGGAGCGUUGAGAGGAGGACUGCCCAGGGGGGACGAGCCGGAGCUCAGUACUGA